GUGGGCUGGCCUAAGCGGUUCCGCUCCAAGUGGAAGCGUCUUUGGGAGCGCCAGUCGCCUGCCUUUCUCGUCUCAGCUACAGUUAAGCCGCCCGAGUCGCCGCCAUGGCCCAGUAAGUAUUGGGGGGGUGGGCAUUUUGGAGAGGGUUAGCGGGGCUCGUUUGGCAAUGCUGAGUUACGCACAAGAGUAAAUGACCGAUGAGUUCAAGGCGGGGAAGGUUUGCUCCUAGGCGAGUAAAUCUCAUCGGGCUACUCUGGAGUAGACCGUAAUUAAUGGCCAUGGACCCCACUGACUUCGGCGAAGCUCCCUUCCAAGUUAGCGUGUGUAAAGCAGACCUAAUCCGGAACACACCGUGAUGCGGAAAUGCAUCUUGCUGAGCUCAGUGGAGGCGGAUGGGUCGGUGGGCUGACUCCCGAGUAAGCAGGGUCGCAGUCAGGAAGCUUCAUUCGGUUCCAGGAAGCUUACUCCCGUGCAAGAGAAGGGAGUGCUGCCAGGCUUUCCUCGGAGGGAACUUUGCUCAGUGGGUUCAUCCAAGGGGGGAGGAGGGUAAGCACUCUGUAGAUGCUCAGGUGCAUUUCCAUGGCUUGUUAGCUCCGGGUCCUCACCUCCUUGCGGGGCGGGAGGGGGGCUCUGUUGCAGCAGGAAAAUAAAGGUAUUCCUUGCUUUCCCUCCACUGGUUCCUGUCUCCAUCCAUUCUUAUCUGACUGAUCAUUGACUUAGGUGACUCAGAGUACCUUGGGGAGUUGGGCUGCAAAAGUGAACCCCAAUUUUUUCUGCAGCAGACUGAUUCACGUUUUGCAGGACCGAGCCUUCGCAUGACAAAUAGGUCCUGGGGCUUUAUGUCUGGGGUGGGAUCAUCUUCUGAUCUGGAAAAGUUUUUUUUAAGAAAAAGGGGGAAAAAUCUCAAUCGUUGCUAAUUGUGGCUCCAUGGUGAUUGGUUGAGGAGGCAGUUUUCUUGAUUUAUCUUUUUUUUUUAAGGUUGAGCAUUAGAAAUGAAAACCUUCAGCCUCUUGAGCCGUUCUUUAGAAAUCAGGGCGGGUUCAAGUUGGAUGUGCUUGCUUCUGGGCUAAUCUCAGCUGCAUGGAAAUUGAUUGUGGUUAAUCUUUUGUGUAAAUUGGAAAGGACUGUGGCUCAGUGGCAGAGCACUCACUUUCCAUGCAGAAGGUCCCAUGCUCAGUCUAUUGCAUCUCCCCUUAGAGAUGGGAGGGAUUCUCUGCCUGAUACCCUGGAGAGCCACUGCCGGUCAGUGUCUGCAGUUCAAUGAACCACUUGCCCAACUCCUCAUAAGUCAACUUCCUUUUGCUAUGAUCAACUGGUGGGAUGAAAUCAAUGAAUUAAAUAAAUAAAUGAUCAGAGCAUGGGGAGGCAUGUCGCACAUGCUUUAACAAUACAUAAUAAGAAAAGUCUGACUGCUGGAUCAGGCCAAAGGCCCAUUUAAUCCAACAUCCUGUUCUCCCAGUGACCAAUAAGAUGCCUCAAUAGGAAGCCUGCAAGCAGGACCUGAGUACAACAGCAACUCUUCUCACUUGUGAGCCUCAACAACUGGUAAUCAGAGGCAUACUGACUCCCAGCAGUGGACACAGAAUUUGUGAUAUCCUUCUCCUUUGUGUGAUUCUGAAAUUCUCUUCUAAAGCCAUCUAGGUUGUUGGCCAUCCCUGCCUCCUGUGGGAGCAAGUUCCAAAGUUUAACCAUGUGCUGUGUAAAAAAGUCCAUUCUUUUGUCUGUGCUGAAUCUUCCAACAUUCAGUCUCUAGUUCUAGUGCUAUGAGAGGGAGAGAGAAAAAUGUCCUCUGUCCGCUUUCUCCACACCUUGCACAAUUUUAUACGCCUCUUUUGUGUUCCUUCUUACUCUUCUCUAAACUGAAAAGCCCCAAAUGUUGUAACCUUUCCUCAUAGGGGAGUUGCUCCAUCCCCUUGAUCAUUUUGCUUGCCCUUGUCUGAACCUUUUACAAAGUCCUUUCUGAGGUGAGGUGACCAGAGCGGUGCUGUGCACAGUAUUCCACAAUGUGUGGCUUCUCCAUAGAUUUGUAUAAGAACAGGUUGUGCAGGAUUAUUGCAAGGAUUGCAAUGAGUUAAUGCAGGGGUGAAGAACCUUCAUUGGCCCAAGAGCCACAUUUCCUUCUGAGGCCCACAAACCCGUGAUGCAUGGGGCCACCCGCCCACUCACCUACCUCACCAUUCUCUGUUCUGGCAAUCAGAUGAUAUCCCAGUUCAAGAACAUCACUGGGAAGGAGGGUGCAGAAGGCCAGUGAGUGGUGUGACUUGGGCAGAAUCACAUGUUUAAAUUUUUUUCCACCUGACCAUCCAUACUUCACAGCUCCUGGCAUUGUCUCCAGCUAAGUCUUCUCCCAGUAGACCCAUUGAAAUCAUUAAUUCCAGUGGUGUCUACUCUGAGGAGGACUAAUGUUGAAUGCAGCCUCUGGUCAUUGUCAUCAAUGCUUAGUCCUGUAUGAGCUGUUUCUAGGCCUGACUUUUCCUUCUGGACUUUCUAGUUUUGAACUUACAGGGAUUCAAAGUGAGCGCUUGCACAUACUGUAGCUUUCAGGCAUGAGGGCUCCCCCCCAUCCGAAGUGGUACAGCCCAAACACAGAGGACUGCUCCUUUGCUAAUUGUUUGGACAAGGCUUAAGAAGAUGUAAAGAGAAACAAAGAGACAUUGCCCAAGGCAGAGGGGGUGGUGUGGGUGUGGAGAGAGUUGCCAGAGGGGUGCCCAGUUUUGGUAACACUUGGCUGGCUUAAUUCCAUGGGAAAGACUCCACAGGUGUGUUGUGCAAGUUGGGCCAAGCUCAGGAUUUAAUCCCUGACGUUUUAUUAUUGUAGCUGUUGCUGGUUCCUGGGACUACAAAUCCACUCUGGGGAAGGGUGAUAGCUCAGUGGUAGAUCAUCUGCUUUACAUGCAGAAAGUCCAUGGUUCAACCCUUUGCAUCUCCAGGUUGGGUUGACAAAGGCUGCAAUCUGAGACCCUGGAGAGCUGCUGUCUGUCAGUGUACUGUAGACAGUCCUGUGUUAGAUGGAACAAGGAUCUGACUCUGCUAAAGCAGCCUUCUAAGUUCCUAUGCUUCUACCUCCAUUUGUCUCUGCUUUUCUUCCAUAAUGAUUUCUUCUUCCUUUCUCAUAUAAUCCCUCUGGGUUUGAGGAAGUCUCUCUCAUAUUGUUGAGGCACAGCUAGGAAAUGAAAGGGCUUCUAGAAGCGUGUAACUUCUCAUUUUCUAGAUCUAGUUGCUCAAUCUCUAGAAUUGACACAACACAGUCCUGGCUGGUGCAAGGCAUGGAUCAGAAACACAGCCUGGGUUUUUAAACUGCAACCGUCUCUGUUCCUUGGCACCCUUGCCUGGGUGUCACAGGCCCCACCUGCGCUGUACAUUUAAAGCAGCAUCAUACCACUUUAAACAGCCAUGGCUUCCCCCAAAGAAUCCUGCAAAGAGGGAUGGAUUGUUAAACCAUUCUGGGAAGUGUAAGCAUCCAUGUCUGUUCUUCCCCUUUUUCAGAGCAGACAUCGCCUUGAUUGGACUGGCCGUCAUGGGCCAGAACCUCAUCCUCAACAUGAACGACCACGGCUUCGUGGUGAGUGGAAAUGCCCGGUGUGAAGUUUUAAAUGCUAUGCAAUUAUUUAUCACAGACUCUCUUGCUCUCUCUGCUAGGUACUGUAUAGAAUGCAGAAGGGAGAUCUUAGGGCAGAAGCUUGAAGACAGGGGUGGGGGUCCUUUGGUCCUCCAGAUGUUUCUAUAUUACAGCUGUGUUCAUCUGUGAUGGUUGGAUUUCCCAGCUUAUUGGAACAGAAAGGCAGGAUAAAAAUCUCCCAAAUCAGUCAUCCAUGGCAUAUUAGCUACUUACUGGGCUAAGUUCUAGAUUUUGGUGUAUAAAUCCCUAUGCAGCCUGGGACCAGGAUACCUGAUAAAUCUUCUCGCCCUUUAUAUACCCAACAGAUCAUCUUAUCAAGAGAGAGACCCAUUCUGCACAGUGUUGGGGCUGGGCCUUUAGUGUGGUGGCCCCUGCCUUUUGGAAUUCCCUCCCAUUGAAUAUCAGACAGGCACUGUCUCUGUGGUGUUUUCAGCACCUGCUAAAGACCUUCCUCUUCUAAUUAAGUAGAAAUCUUUCCUAGUCUGCAUCUGCAGUGUAGAUGUUUUUAUUGCUUUAUAGUUUGUGGGUUUGCUACCCUGGGCUCCUUUAGGAGGAAGGGCAGAAUAUAAAUAUAAUUAAUUAAUUAUACCCGUUGGCUAUAUAGUAAAUCUGCUGGUGAUAAGAAAUGUAUGAAUGUGAGAUAAGAAAAGUUUGAAACAAGAAGGCAAGGAAGGGGAUUUAGGGUAGAGGCAAGGAACUUUUGGCAAACCAGGUGCUGCUGGAAUGCAGCUGCCAUCACCCCCAAGAAUUGGUCAUGCUAGACUAGGACUGAUGGGAGAUGGAGUCCAGCAACAUCCGGAGGUCCCUGAUUUAGUGGGAGGCCUUGUCUUUCCCUGUUUUCUUAUUUGUUUGAGUACCUUAAAUGACAGAAUAUAGAUUGGCUUACUGUUUUGAGCAAUCUCUGCAGAUAAUUGCUCAGCAGGAAGUGCUGGUGUGUGUGUGAGAAGCUGGCUAAACCUGUAUACAUUGAAAGGUUGGUUUUUUUAAAGACCUGUACACCAGGUUAAAUCCAUUCCAACCAAGCCUUUCAUUUUUCUGGUUAAAUGGGGGGAAAUAAUGAAAAUGAACAUGCAGAUGUCUUGUCCUUUUGCUUCUUAGAGUCUGAAAAUAACUUCCUAGUCCCUGGCACAAACCCAUUAGAAAACCAGGUAUAGGGGGGGGAUGCAUUUCAGAAAAGGCAUCAGCUCUACUGUCUCCCAGUGCAAUCCCUCUCUCUUACCCUCUCCUAGGUCUGUGCAUUUAAUCGAACGGUAUCCAAAGUGGAUGAUUUCCUGGCAAAUGAAGCCAAGGGCACUAAAGUCAUUGGGGCCCACUCUUUGGAAGAAAUGGUCUCCAAGCUGAAGAAACCCCGGAAGAUCAUCCUGCUUGUCAAGGCUGGGAGUGCUGUGGAUGACUUCAUCAACAAGCUGGUGAGCAGAUCUCUUCCUCCCAUCCUUGACCAACUGCUUCUUCUUUUAUAAAUGAUGCCCCUUUAUGCCACCUUCCAGAAUUCUAUGGAUUGGCCAACGCUAGGGCUGGCUGAACCUUUCCUCCCUGUGGGGAAGGGCUGGGGCUCAGUGGCAGAGCUCCUGCUUUGCAUGUGGAAGGUCUCAGGUUCAAUCCCUGGCAUCUCCAGAUGGGGCUGGGAGAGGCUCCCUGUGGAAAAUCCUGGAAAGCCACUGCCAGUCAAUAUAGAUAAUAUUAAGCCAGCUUACUAUGUUUCUCAUGGUAAGUUAUCAGUUAUAUUUUAUCUGCACAAUCAGAAUGAAUUUCUGGAUGAUAAAUGCUUUUUCUGUGCAGCCCGAACAGGAGCAGUCACCAUUAAGAAAACAAAGUCGGAAUAGUGUAUACGUGGAUUAAGUGACUCUUCUUCUUUGUCCUCAAAACUCUUAACCUAGCUCAAAGUUGUUACCUGAACUAGCCAGAUGUUUAACUGAGAAUCAAUCACAGUCAGUCCGUCAUUUGAAAAAUAAGACUUUAGAGCCAUCUUGCCCUCCAAAAGCAGCUAGACAUUCCAUUUUGGCAACUAUAACCUUGGCUUAAGGAGCCAUUUGAUGCCUAGCUUAUAUUUCUGAGUUUCUAACACUGUUUCCAAGACACAGACACUUCCUGCUCUAAAAUUCAGUAAUAUUUUAGUUGAAGAAGGAAACAUAAGCAGCUGCCUCAUACCUAAUCAAACCAUUGGUUCAUCUAGCUCAAUACUGCCAACCUCUCACUGGCAGCAGCUUUCUAAGAUUUCAGGCAGGGGUCUUCCCCAGUCCUACGUGAAGAUGCCAUUGGGGAUUGAACCAGAGACCUUCUACAUACAAAGCAGAUGCUUUACCACUGAGCUUUGGCCCUAUGAAGCUGCCUUAUACUGAGUCAGACCACUAGUCCAUCUAGCUCACUAUUUUCUGCACUAACUCCAGGGUCUCAUUUGAGGAUGUCUCAUAGCCCUCCCAGGAGAUGUUCCACUGGAUUAGAUAGGCUUUUUGGUCUGAUCCAGCAACUCUCUGCAGAUGGACACCUGCCACUAGAUUCAGAGAAAACCUCUCUUGGUACCAGUCAUUGGGGAAGAAUAGUGGGGAAGGGCUGCUGCCAGUGUGCCCUUUUUAUGGGCUUCCCAAAGGCAUUUGAUUAGCUGGAUUGGAUAGGCCAUUACUCUGCUGACCUCUUCUGAUGUGACACUGUCUCUUUCCUUUACAGGUGCCACUGCUGAGUGCCGGAGACAUCAUUAUUGAUGGAGGGAAUUCUGAGUAUAGAGAUAGCACAGUAUGUAUGGUGCCCAUUUGUAUCAUACUUGUAUACUCCAAGGAGCUCAAGAGGAUAUGUGGGAGCUAACUUUAUCUUCACUAACAGACCUGUGGGGUUGGUUGGUUGGUUAGGAUUUGUUUGCAAGACAUUUCUCUCCUAAUACAUAUUUUCCUAAGGAUGUUGUCACGCUGCAGUUUUUUGUGCAACCAGCAGGUGGCUUUGAGAAGGGCGGGAUUGGUGAGCAAAGUAAGUAGGGGUGCAGCCCCUAGUAUUUUAUAAAACUGCAGCUUUUUAUAUCCCGCCUCUCAAUUUUGCCCAAAGGCUCAUCAAUGAGUUUUGUACAAGGAUUGGAAGUUUUGAGCAAGGUGUUCCGUUGUGUUCCAAAAGCUGUUUAGUCACACUGGCUACAUGACCUGAAAAGCUGUCUGUAGACAAAUGCCGGCUCUCUCGGCCUGAAAGUGAGAUGAGUCCAUAGUUGCCUUUGACUGGUCUUAACCAUCCAGGGAUUAUUUACCUCCAUGCUCUAAAGCCCACCAACGUCUGUUAAACCAGAUGCAAAGGAAAUUUUACUCUGUGCAGAAUUUUAAGUUUCAAAUGGUUAUGUAGCUCUUAACUGGUACAGGAGUCAGAUUUAUUUUCUUUCUCUUUUGUGAGAUAUACGUUGCCCUAAGUAGAGAAUGCAGUGCUUUUGCCCCCAUAAUCCUAUUUUCCGAGCAACGAGUCUCCCUUCUUUUCCUAUCCAGAGGCGUUGCAAGGAGCUCAAGGAGAAGGGAAUCUUGUUUGUUGGGAGCGGGGUUAGCGGCGGCGAAGAGGGCGCCAGGUACGGCCCUUCACUCAUGCCAGGAGGAGCCAAAGAGGCAUGGUAAGUGAUGACGAGAAUGAUUUAAUGCAUUUAUUUGUUGCUUAAUGCAUAGGUUUCUCAAGGCUAUUUACAAUUAUGAAAGUGUACAUGAUACAAAAUCCAGAAUACAGCAAAAAGAAAAAAGAAAAAAGAGCAUUAAUUGACCCAAAGUGCUCAUCCUGCAAUAACAUCAUAGGACAAAUCCUGCUCCACUCCAUAUAUAAAUUCACAUAUAUUGCUUUCCCAUUUUUUAAAAUAUAGCAAAUGUUUUAGCUGCUUUUACAUAUGCAAUUAAUUGUUCUGUGUAUGGUUUUUAUUGCAUUGUAAAUCACUUCGGAAGCAGUGCUAGAGCACCUGCUUGGCAUGCAGAAGGUGCCAGGUUCAGUCCCCAUCAGCAUCUCCAGGUAGGUCUGGGAGAAACUCCCUGCCUGAAAGCCCUGGAGAGCAGCUGCCAGACAGUGUAGAUGAUAAUGAACUAGAUGGACCAGUUGUCUGACUGACUCAGUAUAAGGCAGCUUUCCAUCUUCAACAGCAAAAAAGGACAAAUCCUUUCCCACUCAAUAAAAAUAAAAACCGCAGCAAGGUAUGAUCCAAACAUAACAACUGAAAGGCUGGGCAAACAUUAAUGUCUUGGCCUAAAGUUUGACAAUGAUGGUGCCAGGUGUGUUUCCUUGGGAAGAGCAUUCCACAGACAUGGAGUCACUGCUGAAAAAUGCAUGUUCUCUCAGCUGGGUCCUCCUCAGAUUGAGUUGUGAAGGGACCAAAGCAGUAAAUGUAUGUUUCAUUUUUAUUUUUGUUUACUCAUUUACCAUUUUUCAGUCUUAUCCUUUCUCCUGCCUGGGGCAGUCAAUAAAAUAGUAGAUGCCAAUAAAACAUAAUUUUUAAAAACACAGACUCAGAUGAGAUACAGUAAACAGCAGCAAUGGUAUCUGUAGGGACUGCACCCCCCAAAAUAAUUAUUUCCUUAUCCAAACACCUGGCCAAGUGAACUUGUUUCUUAAAUGCUUCUGUAGUAGGGGCAGACCAAAUAUCACUUGGAAGGGGGAUUCAGAGGUAGGGAGCCACUACUGAUAAUGCCCUACCUCACGUCUCUGCCCUCCUAGCCUCUGUUAUGGUCAGGACAGUGAACCAAUCAUGAUGAUGUCCUUUCUGUUGCCUUUGCUUUGUUUUUCAAACAUCCUUUUGGUUCUUUGCAGGCCUCACAUCAAACCAAUAUUUCAGAGCAUCGCUGCCAAAGUAGGAACUGGGGAACCCUGUUGCGACUGGGUAAGAUGAGCUGACAUGUUUAUGAUGCACUCUGCAUGCUCCUAGAGAUACUCUUCAAGCUGAUGCCCCUCUUUGUGAAUUGUUUUUGGAAGGCUACUAGCUUCUCCAGCCCCUCACCUUCCCCAUCAAGAGGAAGGGGAGAAGGCAGACCCUUUCCAAUGUUGACGGGCUGUACUUUGGGGGUAGAAUGCGGGUGUGGCCCAGCCUCCUGGUGCUAAAAUUAUGCUUUUAAUGGGAAUGGGAUUUUAACUUAUUUAUUGUGGAGGUGGGGUUGUUAUAAAUUAUUCUGUGUUACAUGUAUUUUGUAUUUGUAUUUUUUUGGUUUUAUAAGGCUGAUUAAUAUUCUAAAGUCUUUUAUAUGUGUUUGUGGGAAGGAGGUUAUUGUUUUGUUGGUUUUGUUUUAACUAUUUACUUGUCUUUUUACCUUGUGAACCGCUCUGAGAUAUUGUCAUGAAGAGCAGUAUAUAAAUCUUAAUAAUAAUAAUUCAUUUUAUUCUUCUCUCUUAUGACUCUGGCAGGUGGGAGACGAGGGGUCUGGGCACUUUGUAAAGAUGGUGCACAAUGGGAUUGAGUAUGGAGACAUGCAGCUGAUCUGCGAAGCCUACCACCUCAUGAAGGAUGUGCUAGGCAUGGACCAUGACGAGAUGGCCACGGUGAGCCCACAAGACAAACCAGUUUCUUGAAUCUGAUGGGUGAAGACCCUGUUUUAAUAAGUCUAAAUAAAAGCCAGAACAGGCACUUACACAGAGACACAGCAGGGAGCCUUCUUUUCUAGAUGGAGUUCCCAGGAGCCUUUAGCUGUGGGAUGGGAUACUUGUGGGCCUUCCAUAUGUUGUCAGACUGCAUCCUUGACCAUUGGCCAUGCUGCUUGAGGCUGAUGGGAGUCCGCCAAUAUCUGGAAUUCCCCAUCUCUGACUUAGACUGACUUGCGACUGAUGGGAGUUGUAGCCCAUCAACAUAUGAAGAGCCAAAGGUUUACCUCUACAGCAGAAACUGCCUUCUUGACCGCAGGACCCACAAUCAUCCGCUUAAUCCACCAGAACCUGUCUUUGCAUGCAGGGGAAGUCCCUAACAGUGGAGGUGUACAACAGAGCCACAAAGGCAUCUUCCUAUUUUCUUAGGAGCAAAUGCAUUAGGUUUAUAGAGCACAGAGCACUCUAUAUCCUAAAAAAAAGUCUUGCAGUCUCAGGGAGGGGGUUGUUGAUCUCUCUGCUCCUUGUCUCCCUUGCCCCUAGGUGUUUGAGCAGUGGAAUAAGACUGAACUGGACUCCUUCUUGAUUGAAAUCACAGCAAACAUAUUGAAGUAUCGUGAUGCUGAUGGGAAGCAUUUGCUCCCAAAGAUCCGGGACAGUGCUGGGCAAAAGGGAACAGGGAAGUGGACGGCUAUCUCAGCUUUAGAGUACGGGGUCCCCGUCACUCUAAUUGGUAAAUAACUUUGACAUAGAUUUGCACUAAAAUGUGGCAAUGAUGGGAGGGGCAGGGGCCCCAGAGAUAUGUGGUGCAGUCCUUGUUUACUUGAAAGACCUGAGUUGAGGCACCCAAGAGUUUGUUGUUGUUAUUUAGAUUUCUGUGCUACCUUUCGUCAACGGAAUUCAAGGUGGCAUUCAUGUUUCUCUCCUCUUCUCCGUUUUACCCUCAACAACAACCCUGUGAGGUAGGUUAGCCUGAGAGAUGGUGACUGGUCCAAGGUCACCCAGUGAACUGAGUGGGGAUUUGAACUCUGGUCUCCAAGACCUGACACUAGCCACUACACCGCACUGGUUUUAUGCCUGACGACCAGUAAGUUUGCUGUGUGAGCUCAGGAUCCUCCAAACUCAAAAUAUCAUCCACACUUCUGUGCUGUUUUCACGGCUGGCAAAGUGCCAUAGUUCAGUGGUAGAGCAUCUCCAGGUAGGGCUGGGAAUAUCUCCUGUCUGAAACCCUGAAGAGCCAUUGCCCAUCUGUCUUGACAGUACUGAGCUAGCUGGAGCAAGGGUCUGAUUCAGUAUAAGGCAUCUUCCUAUGUUCCUGCUCUGACUGGCGAUGGUUCUCUACAUUUUUGGGCAAGGAUCCUUCACAGUUUUCCAAAAUAAGCUCCUUUUAAAGUGGAGAUCCUGAGGACUGAACCAGGAACCCUUGUGUGUGCAAUGCAUCUUCUCUACCUUCUCUACCACUGAGUUAUCAACUCUGCCAUUCUUCUUUAGCACACCCUUCCUACUGUGUUCUGCAUUUCUCCCCUCUUUUAAAUAUCAAACCUCCUCCACAUAGGGUUCAAGUCUUGGCUCCUAGGGUUGCCAGGUGAAUUGCUAAUGGAUUGGGUUUGCUUUUCUUUCUCCCUCCCCUUCUGUUUCCUUCCUACAUCAGCAUGACUUGCAAUUUCCUGCUCUAAAGCAGCUGACUCAUCCCUUCACAAUGCAAAAGGAUGUUGGUUGGCUAAGAAAGUGGGGGGAGAGGAGGGGCUACCUUUGCAACUGCAAGAGUGUAGAGGCACCACAGUGUACCUGCGGCAGUGAGAGUAUGAGUCACUCACAGGAAAUCUGAAGAACCUUUUCACCUUGUGUGUUUGCACUCUCUCUGCCCACGCCUUUCAGGCAGUCAGUCCUUACAAGUGGGGCAAUUGCUUCCAUUCCCGGUUACCACAAGCCACUCAUGUCUUUAUCUGCACUACUCAGUUAGGUCCCAAAGUCACUUUGGGUCAGUUUUUGUGAGUAAAGUGACUGAUAAAAUAUUUUUUAUAAUAGUAAUAAUAAUCCCCUGUAGCACUCAAUGAGUGUUAUGUUCCUGUUGAAUAUACUCUGUUCUCAGGGGUUGUUGUUUUUUAAUAAAAAAAAUUUCUUGUACCACUGCAAAACUUGGGGUUUCUCCAAGCCAGAUGAUACAGUCCCCAUUUGUGUGUUUGUUUGUGUUCUCUUUGUAUGCAUAAGGAUUGGCACUCAGAGUUUACUGUUGAUAUCUAGAAUUGUAGUUUGUUUUGUGGGGUGGGGUUGCUUACAGCACAAUGCUAUGCGUGCUUAAUCUGAAGUAACUGCCAUUUAGGCCACCUUGACUCCAUGCAUUUAAAGCACCAUGGUACUGGUUUAAUCAGUUGUGGCUUCUUUCCCUUUCCCCAACCAAAGAAUCCUGGGAACUGUAGUUUGUUUUGGGUGCUGAAAGUUGUUAGGAGACCCUUAUUCUCCUCACAGAGCAGUAAUUCCCAGUGGUUUAAAAAUCAGUCCCUCUUUCCAGGAAACUGUGAGGAAAAGCGGUUCCCCUAAAACCUCUCAGCAUCCUUAACAGACUACAGUUCCCAGGAUUCUUUGGGGGAAAGCCCCAAAUGGGUGAGUUUUAUGUCCUGCCUCCAGUUACAUGAUACCCAGUAGUUUUUUAGUGAAGAUAAUUUGAGUUGUUUCAGAAAGCAGUCUCCUGUGUACACACAGUACUGUGGUCCUGUUUGCCAUUGCUUCAGUUUAGCCAUCCAUGGUGUUUGAUUUUUCUUUCUCCAAAGGGGAGGCUGUCUUUGCUCGGUGCCUGUCUUCGCUCAAGGACGAAAGAGUGAAAGCUAGCAAGCUGUUGAGUGGACCCAACGCAGCUAAGUUUAGCGGGAAUAAGGCGGCGUUUCUGGAGGACAUCCGCAAAGUGAGUUGUUAGGCCAAGGAGGGCUAGCCUUGUGGCCCUCCGGGUGUUGUCAAACUUCAACUCCCAUCAGCCCCCACCCAACAUGGCCAGCGGUUGGUGUGGUGGGAGUCGUAGUCCAACAAAAUUCUGGAGAUUCACUAUCCUAUGUGUGGGGAAGAUGCAUCAUUCUGCAUUAAAGUCUCCAGCAAGAACCUCCAUUGUCUGAGGUCCAGAUUGUUGUAGAGAUUGUAUCAGCGGUCCAAGCUUUCUAGGCUUCCUCACUCAAGACAUGCUCAGUGGGUUCCUUUAAUCUGGAAUGGGUGGUGGGGUGUGCAAACCAAUCAUUCCCUCACACUAACUCUGACCUAACGUGAUCCAUGACGAUGGGCAACACUCUUUGGAUUGAUGGGGUCCUUUCUCAGUCUCUGGUGGCUCAGCAAAUGGGUGACUUUGCCACCCUCUGGAGCCAGCCCCUAGCUUGAAAGCUUCUUUCUAAAUCUUGACACUGUCCCUUGGCUCCCUUGUAGGCCCUGUAUGCUUCAAAGAUUAUUUCCUACACACAAGGCUUCAUGUUGCUGAGGCAAGCGGCAAAAGAGUUUGGCUGGACGCUGAAUUAUGGUGCCAUCGCCCUGAUGUGGCGGGGAGGAUGCAUCAUCCGAAGGUAAGCAAGACGGAUAGGAUAUGAUAGGAGCAGGGGCUGUCGAUUGACACGGAGAUGAUCCUCUUUGUUUGGAGCUCAGACCAACUGAAUAGAAAAGUUGAGAUUCUAACUGAGGCUGCACCUACACUCUACAUUUACAGCAGAAUUGUACCGCUUCAAACAGUCAUGGAUUCUCCAAAGAAUUCUGGGAACGAUAGCUUGUUAAGAGUGCUUCUGCCUCUACUUUCCUCUGUCUCUCCUUUUGUAAUUAUUUGUUCCCACUUCUUAUGCUCUGAGUUUGAGGAAGUUUCUCCCAUUGAGACACAGCAGAGGAAAUGAAAGGGCUUCUGCCUGCAACUUCUCAUUUUGUGGAUCAGUUGCUCAAUCUCUAAAAUGGGCAUGGUGUGGUCCCAGCUGAUUUUAGGAUCAGAUGACCUUUUCUUUAAAAAAAUAACAACACUUUUUUAGCACUCUUCCCUGGGUGACAUAUUUGUAGACACAGACCCCAUCUGCAGCAUACAGUUAAAGCACGAUGAUAUCACUUUAAACUGCUUCCCCCAAAGAAUUAUGGGAGCUGUAGUCUGUUAAGGGUGCUGGGAGACCCCUUACUCCCCUCUCAGAGCUACAAUUCCCAGACUUGCCUGUGAAGAGAGAUUGCUAAUUCUUCUGGGAAUUGACUAUUAGCCAUGCUAGCUGGGGCUUAUGAAAAUUGGAGUCCAACAGCAUCAUUGGUUAUCCCUGCCCUUGGUUACAAUAUGUUGGUCCACAUAUGUUUUUGGGUUCCUGGCUAUUUACCUCACUGAUUUCAAGAAAUCCUACUAACUGCUUUUGCAUGUCUUCUGCAUAGUGUGUUCCUUGGGAAAAUCAAAGAAGCUUUUGAUCGAAGCCCUGAUCUCCAGAACCUACUGUUGGACAACUUUUUCAAGACGGCGGUAGAGAAUUGCCAGGUAACUUCAGGAAGAAGAGGCCACAUACACACACCAUAUAUUUAAAUUAUUAUUAUUAAUUUAAUUUGUAUACUGCUUAUAUUUUUAAGAAAUCACUAUACCACUUUAAACAAUCAUGCCCCCCCCAAAUAAAUAAAUUAUGGGAGCUGUAGUUUAAGGGUGCUGAGAGUUAAUUCCCAGAGUUCCCUGAAGAGGGGCUGAUUGUGGAGCAACUCGGAGAACCCAGCUCUGUGAGGUGAAGUGGGGUCUCUCCUAACAACUCUCAGUACCUUACAGCUUCCAGAAUUGUCUGAAGUGGUAUGGCAGUGCUUUAAAUGCUCCAGGAGAAUGCGGCUUUAGAAAGUACCUGACCAUUUUUAAGUGCAGUAUGUAUGUAUGUAUGUAUGUAUGUAUGUAUGUAUGUUAAGAGAUAAAGUACUGAAUUUUGCAUUGCUAUGAACAGCUUCACAUACACCACAGCCUCAGAAUGGCUGUCUGUUGUCCAUCCCUUGGGAGCAGAUUUUGAGGGUGUGCAGAGGUGGGGGGCUGGGAAGGAGAGGGUGGCAAAGUCCCAUUGUGCAAGGGGAAACUUUGUCCCACUUGCCCAAGGACAGCGGUGGAGACAACCCUGUUUCCAGCGGAGGAAGGGUCAUUGGCCGAAUACAACUUUUAAGAAGGUAACUACUACUACUACUUUUGCAUCAUUCCUCCCUUAGGAAUCGUGGCGACGUGCCAUCAGCACUGGUGUCCAAAUUGGCAUCCCAAUGCCGUGCUUCACCACUGCACUUUCUUUCUAUGAUGGGUACAGGCAUGACACUCUGCCAGCCAACCUAAUUCAGGUAAGCCAGUCUGAAAACAGCUUUGGCAUGUGUGGAACUGAAACUUCUCCAACCUUUUUUGCUUUGUUCAGAUCUUUUGCUCAUUUCCCUAGUUAACAUAAGGAGAGCCUGGCUGCUGGAUCAGGCCAAAGGGCCCAUCUAGUCUGACAUUCUGUUCUCACAGAGGCCAAAGGUAAUGCCCACCUGAUGUCUCUGUAUCCAGCACAAUUUGUGGUGCCACCUCUCUCCUGGCCUUCCUUAAAAUCCAUCAUUUUAUUGUGGCCUUCGGGGUAACCCCCUUAAUUUCGAUUCCUCAGAGGACCCAUGUUUUAAGCAUAUGUAGCUGCAUUUGCCCAUGAUCAUCCCUACCUUCAUCUUUUCCUCUCCUUCCCUUUUGUCGAGUUUCCUCAUUGCCUGUUUUAGAUUGGAAGUGCCAUACAGGCUGCAGCUUCCAGCAGUAUUUUUACCUGUUUUCCCUCUGCAAGGGGAACCUGCGGCUCUCCAGCUGUUGUUGGACUCCAUCUUUUACCACCCCCAGCCAGGGAUGAUGGGAGUUGUAGUCCAGCAAACAUCUAGAGAGCUCCAGGUUCUCCAUCCCUGAACCGAAAGGAUCCUCUUUAGUUUUACCGACACUGAUGGAGACUCUACUGUAGAGGCAAUGGGUUUGACCUCUUAGAUGUCCCCAACUAAAUUCUACUCGAAGUAGAUCCAUUGACAUUAAUGGGACUAAGUUAGUCACAUCAAUUAAUUUCAGUCAGUUUACUCGGAGUAUUACUAACAUGGGCUGCAACCCUCAGUGUGCCUCCUUUGAAUUUAGCAACAACUGAAAGUUGACUGUGUUACUUUGGCAACCUAUAUCACUAACCAUGUAUAUGCAAUUUCUCAAAGGCUCAACGAGAUUAUUUUGGUGCCCACACCUACGAACUGUUGUCAAAACCAGGCGAAUUUAUCCACACCAACUGGACAGGACAUGGAGGCUCUGUUUCCUCUUCAUCAUACAAUGCCUAGAAGGAAGCCUGAACUUGAAAGUGGAAAAUACUGUAGAGCUAAAACAUUCCCUCUUCUUGCUGGUUAUUCUCUGUAUCUUCAGCACUUUCUCUAGUUGUCACGUUUGGGGCAUUUUUUUUUUGUAAAGAAGUUGUGAUCAUGUCUUAUAGGAGGGCUAAAAUAAACAUUUAAAUCCUUCUUUGAAAA